CUCCCUCCCUCUUCUCUUCUCACUCAGUAAGUAGCAGAGAUGCAAAUCCUUCAGCCACCCAAGCCCAAUCUCUUCUUCUUUCCUUCACAUCUCAAAACCCUGCAAAAACCCUACAGACCUCACAGCACCAUUAGCCCCGCCCUCCACCUCCCAAGGCGUCCUCUCUCCGGAACCCCGCCCUUUUCCGGCGAUUUCGCCGUCAAGUCCUUCAGCUCCGACGAGUACCCCGUCGACGAUGACUACCAGGACCUCUUCGAGAAAUACGCCCGCAAAGACAAAGAGACUGAAGAAGAAGCUCGGCGCCGCAAUUGGAUCGAGCGCGGCUGGGCUCCCUGGGAAGAAAUCCUUACUCCCGAGGGCCGUUUCGCGAGGGCGAGUCUGAAUGAGGGAGAAGAAGUACCGCUGAAGUCGCAGGAGGCCAUCGAGGCAUUCAGGAUGAUGAGCCCCAAAUACAGGAGGAAGAAGAUGGAGGAAAUGGGAUUAACAGAGGAUGAAUUCUACGCGAAGCAAUUCGAGAUAAAGGGAGAGAUUCCGGAGCCGCUGAAGACGACGUGGGACGGGCCGUUGGUGGUUCGGCUCGUGCCUCCGAGAGAUUGGCCGCCGAGGGGGUGGGAGGUUGAUCGGAAGGAGCUGGAGCUUAUACGCGAAGCGCAUAAGAUACCGGCGGUUAUUAAUAUGGAGGAUGUGGAGAAGGCGAGCACGAACACUGAUGAUUUGUGUUUGGAUAGGUAUAAGGUGUUUCUGGAGCAGUAUAAGGAGUGGGUUGAAUACAAUAAGGAUAGGUUGGAGGAGGAGUCCUAUAAGUAUGAUCAAGAUUACCAUCCUGGUAGGAGGAAAAGAGGCAAGGAUUAUGAAGAAGGCAUGUAUGAGCUUCCUUUUUACUAUCCUGGACAAAUUUGUGUGGGGAAAGUAACUACUUUACAUCUUUAUCAAGGUGCAUUUGUCGACAUUGGAGGUGUUUAUGAGGGGUGGGUUCCCAUAAAAGGUAAUGACUGGUAUUGGAUUCGCCAUCACAUAAAAGUUGGUAUGCUGGUCAUUGUUGAAAUUUUGGCGAAGCGAGAUCCUUACCGGUUUCGGUUUCCUAUUGAAAUGCGUUUUGUUGAUCCAAAUAUAGACCACCUGAUCUUCAAUAGGUUUGAAUUCCCUCCAAUAUUUCAUCGUGAUGAAGAUACAAAUCCAGACGAAUUACGUCGUGAUUGCGGAAGACCUCCUCUUCCUGUAAAAGAUCCAGGAAUAAAAGUGGAAGAAGAAGCUUUGUUGUUUAAUCAUCCUUAUGUUGAAAGGUUGUGGCAACUACAUAAUGCUGAGCAAUUGAUUCUUGAUGAUAUGGAAGCUAAUCCUGAUAAAUAUGAAGGCAAAAAAUUAUCAGAGUUGACUGAUGACGAAGAAUUUGACAAAGAAAACAGCGUUGAAUAUACAAAAGUUAAAUAUAAUAAUUCUAUAAUACCAAAAGUGAUUCUGAAAACAAGUGUUAAAGAACUUGACUUGGAAGCUGCUCUUGCGGAACGUGAGCACCACAAUAAACUGAGAAGGGAAGCAGAAGAAAGAGGAGAGACAUAUAAAGUUACCAAGCUGAGGCGAAAUAUUGAGAUGGAUGAGUAUGACUUGAUCCAGUGGCGUAGAUCGUUAGAGGAAAGAGAAGCCCUGCUCAGAGAUAUCAGCUGUCGUCAAGCUCUUGGUCUCCCAUUGCAAGAACCAGGGAAGUUUUUACAUCCCCGUUUUUGGAAGGAUGAGUAUGAUCCAGCAAACCCUUUAUAUCGAUAUGACUACUGGGGAGAACCAAAGAACUCAGAAAAGAGUAUGCAAGAGCGGAUGACAGAUGCCCACAACAAAAGAAUUGUGGGAAACAGCCCUGUUUGGUAUGAGAUGUCCUAUGAAGACGCUGUUAAGCAGCAGAGGCGAAGAGAAAAAGAAGCUCAAGCUUACAGAGAAAUGCAAAAGGAAGCAGAAGAGGCUGAUGAAGAUCAGAGCAAUGAGGAAAACGAUGAUGAGUUAAACGACUUUGAUGACUUUAUUAUCAGCAGUUUUAAUGCUCCUAGCUCAUAUGUAGAAGCUCAUCCAGUUAAUGGGACUGAAUCUAGAAUGCCAGAUGAAGGCAUAUUUGAGAACUAGUUAGAGUAAAACUUCUACUACUUGUUCCAUAUAUCUUCUUGUGUUCAGUAAGUAUAGUUUAUGUAUGGCAAAUGCAGCAAAUUGAUCAAA